AUGUCCGUCCCCAGUGCCGUCCCAAGGACGGCUCCCAUUGCCAUUGCGCCCAAGCCUCCCCCACGCUUUCCUCCCAGUCGACAAGGAAGUAUCAACUACGGCGACUCCUUCUCUGGUUUCCGAAGCGGUAUCAACACCCCAGAUACGGACUCCCUAAGCGGACAAACAACAACUCCCUGUGAAGCUUGUCUACGCUGUAGGCUUGAGUGUGUCAUGAGUGAUGACGAAGAGAGCUGUGUUGCUUGCCAGACGAAUGGUGCAGAAUGUUCGUUGGGCGAGAGCCCUCCGCCACGAAAACGCAAGUUGAACGGUGAUGCGGAGGAAAGUGGCAGUAAAAGAAGCUCCCCAGGACGGUCUGAUAAUAGGAAACGAAGACAGAACCCACCAAGCUUGUCGAGCACCGUGGCUACCGGCAGUUCCCUAAUCGAGGAGAUGGCUAACUUUGGCGGUCCAACCUUGCUAAAACGUACCCUUGGUCUUCAGUCAGACAGGUAUAGUCAGUACAUAGGGCCGACCACCGACUUUGAGCCCUCUCUCAUCAACCUCUCCCCCUUUGACCCACAUGACGAGAGUCUCCUCGCCCGAGGGACUCUAAGGAAGGUCAGCGAUGAUGACACCUUUCUCAUGCUCCCGGAUUCACUCACGCCCGGGCACGCUCACAUCACGGAGGAUGUCGACGAAAUCGAAAGUAUCGUCGCCCCUCAUGGCCGGAAACUGAUUGACCUGUACUUCUGUAUAGUGCAUCCCGGGUUUCCCAUCAUUCAGAAAUCGGUCUUCUAUGAAAAAUACGACCGAUCGCAUCGAGAAUUCUCGCCGCCACUUCUUGCUGCCAUAUACAUCUUGGCCAUCAACUGGUGGGACCAUUCGGAGGAACUAGCGUCAUUGCCGCGACCCAACGUUCGAGAACUGGAGAGACUGGUGCGCGUUACUCUCGCAGAUGCCAUGUAUCGACCCAAGUUAUCGACUAUUCAGGCCGGCUUGUUGCUCUCGCAGCGUCCUGAGGGUGAUCAGUGGGCGCCCACGGCACAGCUCGUUGCUAUCGGACAGGAGCUUGGUUUGCACCUUGACUGCUCGUCGUGGAAGAUCCCGCCCUGGGAGAGGGGACUGAGAAAACGCCUCGCUUGGGCGCUGUAUAUGCAGGAUAAAUGGGGCGCGCUCGUUCACGGGCGUCCUUCCCACAUAUUUUCGCCCAACUGGGCGGUGCCCGUUUUGACGCCCCAUGAUUUCCCCGACAUUGAGUGGGAGGAGAGCAAUGCGGAAGAGCGGACUGAGACGGAGCGUGGGCGCACCUUGUUUUGCCAAAUGGUUCAACUCUCCCAGAUUCUUGCCGAAAUCCUCGAGACGUUCUAUACCCUGCAAGCCACGCAGGCUGUUGCUCAUGCCGGUGCUCAAGGAACGCAACUUGUGCUGUCGUUAGCCAAGCCGAUUCAGCUCAAGUUGAAGGAAUGGUAUAGCGGACUGCCUGCUUCGGUUCGCAUGGAUUCAACGUUUCAAAGCGGCACCAUGUCGCAGAACAACAACAACCGCCUCUCCAGCAUCGGGUAUCUCCACCUCGCCUAUUUUGCCACGGAGAUCACUCUCCACCGCCGCAUCAUCCGCUCGAUUGACGCCUCCUCCUCUUCAUCCUCCGGCUCCACCAUCGCCUCACUCAGCGCCAGUGUCAACAGCACAACGAGCAGCACCCCUGGCUCGACCGCCAGUAACAUCGACCCGUAUAUCCAGCACAUCUGCCGAAGUGCUGCCAAGGCCCGUCUGAUCUCCGCCAUGGACUUUGUCAACCGCCUGACGCCUUCCCAUCUGCGCGCCUUCUGGUAUUUUGCCUCCAAGACCAACUUUGCGUUAAUCGGCACCUUCGGAUCGCUCCUGUGGGCCACUUCUCCCGGCAGAGAGGAGGCAGACUGGUACAGGCGUCGGUUGGGCGAGUAUCGCUGGACACUCAGCGUCAGCUCGAAGCCCGGCGAGGGUCACAAGGGCUUGACGGAGUUUGCGAUGGGAAUGCUGGAUAUUUCGACCGGGUUGUUGAAGCAGUUGCCUGAGAAGCCGCUGCUGAGUAGGAGCGGGAGUGCGGUCAACGUCGGGGUGGGCGUUAAUACGGAAGUGAUGAGGAGUCAGAGCCUGCUCGCUCUCGGGACUGGGACCGGGUCUGUGCCGCGAGGCGGAUAUGGUGGUGUUGGUAGCCCGGGGUCUUCUGGGUUUGGGCGCGUGAACAGCAUGAGUGGGUUCAAUGAGAGCUAUGUUCGAGGAGGACUGGAUAGGAGGUUUCAGCAGCCGAUGAGUGGUGAUGCGAGCGGCGUGCAGAGCCCGAGGAGUAUGGGUAGCGAAAGCAGCGAUGAGGGCGUCUAUGGGAACUUUUCGGCGACGGCGGGAAUGGCUGGUCUGGCGGACUGA